CAAAAGAAUUAUCCUUUGUUUGAACUUUUCGCCGUUCAGGGAGCUCAGAAAUUGAACUAAUGAGCUCGUAAGAGCUCUGCUCUCUCUGUAGUCUGUACUCUUUCCCUCAACAUGGCUUCUCUGCUGUUCCCAAAUGUUGCAACCCUUCAACUCAAAAGCAAAGUUACUUGCUUUGCUCCUGUUAGUCCCGCUCCCUAUAGUCUCAGUAUCAGAAGAAGUAACCAUAGCGGCGGCAGGUGCUUUGCAUUUUCAGGCCCGGACGAUUUACUCGACAGCGCCCUUCUCAAUCUUGACAACUUCCCUACUGUUCAAGCUGGAUUAGUUCAAUUCCAGAGCGCCACGGAGGAAUUUUCCGAUUCGCAGAAAUGGGGAUUCCUGUUUUUCGCUGGGAUAACUUGGGUUUACUUAACCGCCAGACCCGGCGUUCUCGUCGGCGCGAUUGAUGCAUACCUUCUUGCUCCUCUUCAACAGGCAUUCGACAGCUUGAUUGGAAGGAGAAGCCUGAAAAGGACCGAUUUCCUGCUUGGCGAAAAAAUCGGGGAAGGGAGCUUCGGCAUUGUUUAUUCGGGAGUGAUUCUUCCCAAGAGUUCUGCCAAUAUUGCAGCAGUAGAAGAUCAGGGUAGGGUUCCCAAAAGAGGGAGAAGGAAAUCACCGCAGUUGGACACCAAGUUCAAAGAUAAGGUCAUUCUCAAGAAGGUGAAGAUUGGAGUCCAGGGCGCUGAGCAAUUCGGCGAAUUCGAGGAAUGGUUUAACUACAGACUGGCCAGAGCAGCUCCUGAGACAUGCGCUGAAUUCCUAGGAAGUUUUGUUGCCGACAAAACAACCUCGCAGUUCGCCAAAGGUGGGAAAUGGCUCGUUUGGAAGUUCGAGGGCGAUUCUACACUGGCAGAUUACAUGAAAGAUCGUAGCUUCCCAUUUAACUUAGAGUCACCCAUGUUUGGUCGUGUCCUGCAAGGAGCAGAUUCUGUUCAGCGGAAUGCCUUGAUUGUGAAGCAAGUAAUGCGGCAGAUCAUUACUUCACUCCGGAAAAUCCAUGACAAUGGGAUAGUGCAUAGGGACGUCAAGCCUCCUAACUUGGUCGUCACAAAGAAGGGGCAGAUCAAGCUCAUAGAUUUCGGGGCAGCCACUGAUCUCAGGAUAGGCAAGAAUUUCAUCCCUAAGGUCGGUCUCCUCGAUCCUGAUUACUGCCCGCCCGAACAAUAUGUGCUCCCCGAUGACACCCCGAGCCCUCCACCUGAGCCCAUUGCAGCCUUGCUUUCUCCCUUCUUGUGGCAGCUGAAUAGUCCUGAUCUAUUCGAUAUGUACUCUGCUGGAAUUGUGUUACUGCAAAUGGCUAUACCAAGCUUGCGGUCAACAGCAGGGUUGAAGAAUUUUAAUUUGGAGAUAAAGAAUGCUAACUACGAUUUGGAUAGAUGGCGGAAAUCGACUCGAUUGAGGCCUGACUUGACGAUUCUGGACCUUGACUCGGGUAGAGGAUGGGAUUUAGCUACUAAACUGAUUUCAGAGAGAGGGUAUCUUAGAAGGGGCCGUCUAUCAGCUGCUGCUGCUCUCAGGCAUCCUUAUUUCUUACUGGGCGGAGAUCAAGCAGCUGCAGUUCUCUCAAAGCUCAGCUUCACCAAAUAGCUACUGGGAUUCCCUUUGGACAAUGUGAGUUCAUAAGCGCGUCCCAGAGUUUUGAUUCAUUUUAUACAACAAACUGUGAAAAUUUUA